AUGCCAGAUCCAGCCUGCUCCUACCUGGCUCAGGCACGUCUUGCAGCUUGGAAGGCGCUGGGUGCGAGCCCUUGGGUGCUCUCAACCAUGACUCAGGGGUAUCGUAUUCAGUUUGCCCGUCGACCUCCUACCUCAUGGACCCCAACGGUCCUCACGGUAGUGAAUCCACAGCACAAGACUGUGCUCCAGGCCGAGGUCUCCACUCUGCUGGAGAAGGGGGCCAUCAGAGAGGUGCCGCGAGGCCACAGGCAGGCUGGGUUUUACUCCCGGUAUUUUCUUGUCCCGAAAAAGGAUGGGGGGCUUCGUCCCAUUUUAGACCUCCGGGGACUCAACAAAUAUCUGCGCCGUCUGCCUUGCAGGAUGUUGACAGUACCAAGGGUGAGACAGUCCAUCUGCAAAGGGGAUUGGUUUGUCGCAGUAGACCUAAAGGACGCGUACUUCCAGAUUCCUAUCUGGAAAGGGCACUGGCGUUUUCUCCGGUUCACGUUCGACGCCCGGACAUACGAGUUUCGUGUUCUGCCGUUCGGAAUCUCCUUGGCUCCCCGCACCUUCACCAGGUGUAUGGAGGCAGUCCUGUCACCUCUGAGACAGAGGGGGAUCAGGAUUCUGAAUUAUUUGGACGACUGGCUCCUGUGUGCACAUUCAGAGGACCAAUGUCGGGCCCAUUUAGCCGUACUCCUAGAGCACCUACAACACCUCGGCCUACGUCUCAAUCGAGACAAGAGCCGGCUGGAGCCUUCACAGAGGACGCAGUUCCUGGGCCUAGUGGUGGAUUCCCAGACUGCGCUGAUGACACUGACACAGGAGAGACAGCUAUCCCUCGAAGCUUGCCUCUCACACUUCAGGCUGGGGGCCCGAGUUACAUGGAGGCUGUGUCUCCGCCUCCUAGGGCUCAUGGUAUCGACAGCCCAGACUGUUCCAUUGGCCCUCUUACACGUGCGCCCAGUACAGAGGUGUCUUCUAGGCCUAGGGCUGAGCCCCAAAAGUCACCUACAAUCUACUGUGCUCGUCACCAGACGGUUACGGUUAGCCCUCCGUUGGUGGGAGAACAGGGAGAAUAUUGGCAGGGGGAGUACGUUAGGGCCGAUGAUACAUCGCCAUCUGGUAGCCACAGAUGCUUCACUGACAGGCUGGGGAGCAGUGUUCAGAGGGAACGGUGUAAGUGGCUGCUGGCGCGGCCAUUACACGGAGCAGCACAUCAACAUCCUGGAGCUGAAGGCAGUCCACCUUGCUCUCCGCCAUUUCCUCCCAUGCAUCCAGGGCCAACAUGUUCUGGUAAGGACAGACAGUGUGGCGGCAGCGGCUUACAUCAACAGGCAGGGAGGCUUGGGUUCCCCUCACCUCUGCAAGCUGGCACAUCAGCUGUGGCUGUGGGCGUACCCGAGGUUUCAAUCCCUAAGGGCGGUGCAUGUGCCGGGGCUGGACAAUGUAGCAGCGGAUCGGUUGUCCAGGGGAGGUCCGGACCCUGGAGGGUGGAGACUACACCCUCAGGUGGUCACGGACCUGUGGCAGCGGUAUGGGCAAGCGACAGUCGACCUUUUCGCAUCGCGGGAAUCCACCCACUGUCCCCUGUUUUUCUCCCUAGGGAGAGACAACCCCCCACUCGGGAUAGACGCCAUGGCUCAUCCAUGGCCACGCGCCCUGCUCUAUGCUUUUCCCCCGUUCAGCCUCCUUCAAUCCCUCCUACGGAGAGUUCGGAUGGAGGAGGUGAGGCUUGUCCUGGUGGCCCCAUUUUGGCCUCACAUGACAUGGUUCUCGGACAUCCCACCACUGUUGGACGGGACUCCAUGGGAACUCCCACUGCGGCCGGACUUGCUGUCACAGGCGCAAGGAACUCUGGUUCAUCCCUUCGCCCAGGGACUGAGGCUCUGGGCCUGGCCCCUGAGAGGACCGAGCUCCCCUGAGAUUCUGCAGUUCCUGCAAGGGCUCUUAGAUGCAGGGAAGUCACCUUCCACGCUUAGAGGAAUGGUGGCUGCGGUCAAGGCAGCUCGAGUUGGGAAGUACAAAUUGCCAGAGGAUGUGUCCAACCUGAUUUCUCAAUUCCUUAAGGGGGCUAGGAGACGUGUUGGCCGUUGUAGUAGGCCGCCUCUCCCACCCUGGGAUUUGGAGUUGGUCCUAGGGGCUUUGGAAAGGGCCCCGUUUGAGCCUCUGAAUUCAGUGGACCUGAAGUGGCUGUCAAUUAAGACCGCCCUCCUGCUGGCUCUGGCCUCUGCCAAGAGAGUCGGGGAACUGCAGGCUCUCUCAGUGCAUGGGGACCUGUGCAGGUUCCUGCCGGAGGAAGCAGGGGUGGUCCUGCAGCCAAACCCUGCAUUCCUCCCAAAGGUCUUUUCCGACUGUCCACUGAAUAGAGAGGUGGUUGAACUUCGGUCUCUCUACUUCUCGCAGAUGGAGAAUGGAGAGCGCAGGCACUCGCUAGUGUGCCCUGUGCGGGCACUCAGGGUUUAUGUGCUCAAGACACAGGCACUUAGGAAAACAGACCAGUUGUUUGUCUGCUUUAAGCCGGAACGGCUCGGUCAGCCAUUGUCGAAAGCCCGUCUUUCCCACUGGAUUGUGGAUGCUAUCCAGCAGGCAUAUGUGGGUACAGGGGCACCAUUCCCUUCAGGUGUAAGGGCCCACUCUACCCGGGGAAUGGCGACAUCCUGGGCAUUAUGGCGCGGUGCAUCUAUAAGUGAGAUCUGCACAGCUGCCACUUGGUCUGUCCCUUCCACUUUUGCUCGGUUCUACCAACUUAAUGUGGCUGCAAGCAUGUCCUUGGGUGAGCGGGUGCUUGGCGUAGCCCAACGGUAG